AGCGCCGCAUGCGGUCGAGCACGCAUCUGUCUGUGCGCCACUUUAACAUGAUUGGAGAGAUUGGUUUUGGGUGGCACUGAGUCCGGCCUAUAGUUGGGUAUCCAUGCUGAUCUACACUUGUCCCGCCCGAGCAGUUCUUCUCAACCUGCAGGUGCAGUGAGCUUAUGAGCGCGACACCGGACGAGUCUGGAAUGUGCGCAUCUGUAAACGAGAUGAGGGAUGCUGUCGCGUGCGGAUAGAUCGGCAGCUGUGUAUCGCACAUCAGAUCUUUAGCAGCUGUGUUCGCUUCCUCUGAAUAUGUUGAAGGCAUUGGCAGGAAUCUGUUUUCUUCAUCUUACUACAAUAUUUUUCCUCUUUUGGGCAACUAUCGAUGAUGCCUGGUGGUUUACGAGGACCCUUUACACAGACCUGUGGGGCAAAUGGGUGAUGGAGAACGAAGAUAAUGUAUGGGUUUACAUGGACAUACCGACCUCCUACAGGAAAGACUACCUGCAGGCGGUACAGGCGUUCGCAGUGCUGUCCUGCCUGUUUGCUGUGUUCUCACUCUGUGUGUUCAUCUACCAACUCUUCACGCUGAGUAAAGGGCAGCGCUUCACCAUCUCUGGAGUCGUGCAACUCAUCUCCUGUUUCUGCAUAAUGGUUGCGCUGUCAGUCUACACGGAUCACUUCCACAGAGAUGAGAAGGACGGUUGGUACGGCUGGUCUUACAUCAUGGCCUGGUUCGGAUGGCUGCUGACCCUCUUCACUGGAAUUAUGUACAUCAUCCUUCGAAAAAGAGAGGAUUGAAUCUCAACCCGCGCUCUCAGUGCUAAUCCACAGCCUUAGUUCGUCUUGUGUCACUUUUCUGUGGACUAUGAAUGACUGUAAUAAGUCUAGGUGCUGUAAAUAAAAAAAUGUGGUUGAAUGUAACAGGCUCAGUUAGAAGAGAAGAAACUUGCGCAGCUGAAAAGAUAUCAGCAUGUCGAGCAAAAGUGUAAAUAUCUGACUGUGAGAAAAGCUUUACUCGGAGUCUCAAGAUUACUGUCUGGCUUUCUUGAUCAGGAAGAUAAAAUGUAAAUUUUGCAUUUUUAAUUUACAGUCUUUUGACUGGUCAUCUUUUCUAGUUACAUAAUGCACUGAGGGCAACCAGAGGGUCUGAACACGCUAUUACGUGGGAGAUGAUAAUGUAUAUGCUGAAAUGAUAUGUAAAAACCAUGUACCUAAAACAUGUAUAGAGAAAGAUAAGUUGUACAUAUAAAGAACAUACAAAGCUAUAUAAAUAAGAGUGUAGUUUAAAACUUUCUUCUGAGGAUAUUUGUUUCUGUAGAACAUCACUUGCACUUUAAAAUAGAUACAAACACACAGUUUGGUGAGUGUUUGUAUGAUGACAUCCAAUCAAAAUACUCCUAGCCAAUAGAUUUUCUUUCCAGUAGAUUUGCCUGCUGAUGGCAAUAGCACAUGACAGUCUGUGGUGCUCUUUAUUUUAUGAUCAUAUACAAACAUUUCACCACCAUAUUUACAGACCGUUUUGAGUGCAACGAGGUGAAGAAACAUGGUUUCCUUUGAGUGCUAUGCCAAAUAUUUUGAGUAUUUUAGCUUGAAUGUUCGUGGGGGUCAGAUGAUCACCUUGACCACUCAUUGAGAUUCAGAUUCUAGAGCACAGGAUCUUCUGAAAAUCUUGAAUGUAAUUUCUUGGUUGUCUUUUGCUAGUGUAUACAUGUUUUAUGGGAGCAAAGUUACCGUUUAACAUUCACGUGUUAUAAUAUCAAGGUCUGGUUUAUUUAGUUUCUGCCUGUUAUGUUUGGUUCAGAAAUGUUUUAUUAUCUAUUCCAGAAGUCUUUUAUUUUGAAAAUGGACAGUAAAUGAAAAGGAUCGGUUGUAUUUUUUCAUUGCAACGACAGUGCAUAAACCACGGAGGAUCUUACUUUUAUUAAUCACACAAAUAAAAAAAAGACGAAGCAUA